AUGUAUCCUGCUUCUGAUGCUGGAUUUAAUAUAGCACGGGGGAAAGCAACAUGGCAAAGCACUACGCAUGACAUAGCAUAUUCUGGUUCCGAAAAAGCUGUAGACGGAUUGAAUAAUGACCGUUCUUACCUUGGAAAGCAAUGCUGCGUGUCAGAAGGUAAACAAAGGACAGCUACUUGGUGGGUUAACCUUGGAAAUAUUCUUAGCAUAAACAACAUAAUGAUCUACUACAGGACCGAUAAUAUUCUCUGGAAUGAGAACAACCCAUACACAACACGAUUCCUGGGAUUCUCUGUAUAUAUAUCCAACACAACAGACAGAAAUGAUGGAAUAUCAUGUUUCCAUGACACAAGUUAUACUAAAUUUACCAUACCCGACCAUGUAAACAUCAGCUGUCCUAUACAUGGCCAAUUCGUAAUCUAUUAUAAUGAAAGGCUGCAAGGAGAACAUUACCCUAAUGAUUAUCAUGUUGAUGCCUUUGUUGAACUGUGCGAAGUGGAAGUCUACGGAUGCCCAGUACCUGGAUAUUACGGAUCUGAUUGUUCUCGUCCUUGUCCCCAGUCAAGCUGUCGAUAUUGUCACAUACAGUCGGGUGUCUGUGAAGGAUGUAAACCUGGGUACAAAGGACAUCAAUGUGAACAACAAUGCGAUGGUAGGAAGUACGGGGAUGGUUGCAAACUUGACUGUGGAGCCUGUCUGGGAUAUAAACAAUGUCAUCACAUAAACGGCUCAUGUCUUGAAGGCUGUGACCAUGGUUUCAAAGGAGGAUUCUGUAAAACAGCUUGCAUGGAUGGAACAUUCGGUAUUAACUGCAAACAAAACUGUAGUGUUAACUGCGGUGUACCGAACAGAUGUAAUAGAACGACUGGAGAAUGUAAAGACGGAUGUCAGAUAGGCUGGGAAGAACCUCACUGCCAAAAUAAAUGUGGUAUCAAAACGUACGGACAAAACUGUAACCAGACCUGUGGUAACUGUCGAGAUAAAGCAAAUUGUCACCAUAUUAAUGGGAAAUGUCCAGCUGGAUGCACUAAAGGAUAUAAAGACAUAUACUGUACAGCGGUGUGUUUUCCGGGAACUUUUGGCUUCGACUGCAUGAAGAACUGCAGCACAAUGUGUGUUAAUAGUACAUGUAACUCUAUCACUGGAAACUGCCCAAAAAUAUCACCACAAACAAGUGAAAAGGAUAACAUGGGUGCAGUCAUCGGAGGAAUUUUGGGUUUUGUUGUCGCAUUUGUCGUUGUUUUGAUAGUGGUUAUAGUUUUAAGAAGGCGAAGUUUAAGAAAGAAUAAUAGCGGGAAGGGGUAUACUGAUAGAGCAAUGAAUUUAAAAAUGGGGGCGCUUGAGACAGAAUUCACUAACAUUGAUUCAAAAACUGAUCCAUUAUCAAAAAGCCCUGAAAACAAGUACAUGACGUCAAAAAAUGAAAAACCUCUAAUAUCGCAGAAGAAGGGGGAUGAGGCUGAUGUCGAUGAAGAUGAGUUGAUACAUUCAGAGAAUCCUUAUGGAGAUUUUUACGCUAAUGAAACUACUAUUCGAGAUAUACCUUUAAAUCAACUUGAGUCAGUUAUUGUAGAAAAUAGAAUAAAUGAAGAUGAAGGAUUUCAGAAAGAAUAUGCAACACUACCAUAUGGGGAACAAUACAAGUGUGACGCUGGAAAGAUGGAUAAAAAUAUAGUUAAAAAUAGAUUCAAGACAACAUUUCCUUAUGAUCAUUCAAGAGUAAUACUGAAGACAGAGAGUGGAUCAGACUACAUAAACGCCAACUAUAUUGAUGGUACAGAGAGGGAUAAGCAAUAUAUUGCUGCGCAAGGGCCGAAACAGAACACAGUAAUUGAUUUCUGGACAAUGAUUUGGCAAGAACGCGUGACAACCAUUGUAAUGUUGACCAAUUUAAAGGAGGGGAUGAAGACAAAAUGCACUCAGUACUGGCCCGCUGCUAACAAACAUAUCAACUAUGGAAGCGUAUCAGUGAAAUUGACUGAUGAAAAGGUGUACGCAUUUUACAUCAUUCGAAAAUUGAGUGUGAACCAUAAAGAGACAAAUAAGUCCCGUGUUGUUACCCAGUACCAUUAUACAUCUUGGCCAGACCAUGGAACCCCAGAUCCCCUAUGCCUUGUCGUCUUCCUUGAUCAUGUGACCCGAACUAAUCAGAAAAACUCUCAAACAGUUGUACACUGCAGUGCGGGAAUCGGUAGAACGGGAACGUACAUAGCACUAGACGUCCUGAAUCAGAUAGGAAGAAAGACAGGAAAAGUUAACGUAGCGGAAUAUGUCAAGAAGAUGAGAGAAAACAGGAUGAAUAUGGUCCAAACAUACGAACAGUACAUGACCAUUUUUCUAGCUUUAAAUGAAAUAUUCAAAUCCCCAGUCAACAGCACAACUAUUGAUGAAUUUACUAAAAAGGCAGAAGCCAUGGCGACGGACAAACCAGCCAAUCAGAGUACAUUGCGAAAAGAAUUUCAGCUUUUAAUGAAAAUACGACCCACAUAUAGCGAUGCUGAUUUCAAGCUUGCGAAGGAAAGCUGUGGUGAUAUAUAUUUUAAUGGUAUACUGCCCCUGGAUAAAUACAGCGUACAUCUUUCGUCUGUUGUUCCCAAACGAGGGAACUUUAUCAACGCCAUCAUCACACCGUCAUACACCAACAAUAAAGGGUUCAUAGUGACGCAGUAUCCAACGGUAGAGGACGCUGUUGACUUCCUACGCCUGCUCAAUGAUCACGAGUCUGACAUUGUAAUAUGUAUGGAUCCACUGUUCAAAGUAGACUCGAGUAAGAUGUGGUUACCAAGUCCCUCUUCUUCUAAGACGAACCCUCCUUUCACUGUUCACUUUCAAUCAAAUUCUGAAACUGACGUCAACAUCACUAUCGUUCACAUCCUGCAGAAGAAUAGUGAAGAGGAAGCUCAUCCUGUGACAAUAAUAGAACCAAAGGUCAGUAUAAAAACAUCCGGAACUCCUCUUGACACUUCUCAACUCCGGAGUCUUGUCUCAGCUGCACUAGGUGUUGAAACAGAGAAUCCUAUCACAGUUAUAAGCAGCGACGGGGCGUCACUUUGUGGUGCAUUCUGUGCCGUUCACAACGUGAUACAGGAAAUAAACAUGGAUGACAGUGUUGAUGUCUUAACUGCUGUGAGACAUUUGCAAGUUAGAAGACCAGAAUUCUGUUCAAAUCUAGACGAAUAUCGCCUAGUGAUCAAGGCCGUGUAUGAUCAUGUUCUAAGUACUACGGAAAACAUAUACUGCAAUCAGCGAUAAAACGUGGAUUCAAAAUACCGCUCAGCGAGACAUUUAUCUUUAUCCGAGAGAAAUUCAA